CUCUCUCUCUCUCUCUCUCUCUCUCAUCUCGUAUACAUCCGCUCCUUAUUCAUUUUUUAUUAAAAAAAGAAAAAAAAAUUAAUACGUUAUUUCGUAAUGUAUAGGCAAUCUACAUAAAAUAUAAAUUAAUCGUAAAAUUGCAUUGUAGAUCAUAAACCGUAGAUAUUACAUUCAGAAACUUAUUAUAUCGAACGUGGGAAAAAUGGUCGAUAAUAAUGGCGACGCUUUUAUCCGCGCGAUCCGCGCUAGUUUCACGCAGAACGAUGAUUCAGACUGUAUAUCUUCAGAUAAAUUGUUUCUUUUUGCUCAAUUAUUUCUUUUUUUGUUUUGUUUGAUUAGACACCGAGGUACUUAUACAUCUUACGUCAUGCGUUUAUAAAUAAUAGCCGCGCUUCUAGUGAGAAACGUCCUUUCGAAUUGAGAUCGAAACGAUAUAUAUCAGUUUAAUAAUUUCGACGUUGAUUCUAUUAUCUUUUCUCACUGAAUUUUUAGUCACUCUAUCUUAAUCGUCAUUAAGACGCAAAAUAGAGAUAGAAUGAUUCAAUCAGCGUUUUAAAUAUAGACCUUUAUUCUUGUCAAACUAAUAUAGAAUGAAAAAAGGGCGCGCUAAUAUCUUUGUAUGAAUUCUAUACUUGGUUUGUUCUUUUCAGUUGAAUGUCUUGCACAGUUCCUCUUGGUUCAAUGUUUCUUUUUUCCUUUAUACUGUGCAUAGAAAACAAAGAUUAAUUGCGCAAGAAAUGCAACUGAAAGAAUAAACCAACUAAUUUAAAAUAAUGUACAAAUUGUAAGUUUAUUCUUUUCACCUGAAUUUCUUGUACACUUCUAAUUACCUUUUUUUCAUAGAUGAGAAAAGAAAGGAGGAAAGAUAAAUCAGUUUAAAUAAAAAGAACAGGCAAUGACCGAAUUAAUCAAAUUAGUGGGUUUCAAUCAGAGUUUAGAUACAAAUUAUUCAAAGAAUCUCUUUAUUUUUCUUCUACGAUCUUGCUUAUCAAACAAACGUCAUUAUACAUAAGGUACUGCAAAGUCCGAACCAACUUCGUUAAUCGUCGAUUAAAGUUAAUCGAAGUUGAUUCAAAAGUGACUCUUUGGUCCCGAUUUGCAAUAGGUGUAAUAAAAGCUUUAGGCCGUAAUAAAUUGACCAAUCAUAAUCGAUUAUUCUUACAUUCAACACUGUAAUUAUUUAAGUCUAAUUGGUUAUUUAAAUUUGAUCAAAAUUUUUUUCUCUUUCUGAAGACUGUGUUCCACAAAAUUUUGCUAGCACUAAAAAAAAUCUAUAGUGCAUGUAACGUAAAUUAUAGAUUUUAACACUAGCAGUGAAUUUUGAAACACAAAAGUUUUCUUUUUAGCUGGACUAACUAUAGUUCAAAGUCUUUCUUUUUCCAAUAUAAAAGGAAAAAAUAUAUCUUUGAAUUGGUGCGGCCAGUUCAACUUAAAAAAAAAAAAAACCAGGAAUACAGCUAAAGCAAGGCGGUAGCGAUAUACUUAUUACAUCGCAUUAGGUUUGUUCGUGUCGUAUGCUCCAAUAUUCUACUGCUACAGUGGGAUUCCCUGGAUCACUCUGGGGGAAAAGCACAACAUUCAAGAGUUAAUUAUUUUUGCCUUAUGUCCGCCGUUCAUAUGGUUCGUAUUUCACAGAUAAUUAAGUAGUGCAUUUCAAUGUAUUUCAUUGUUCAAAGAUUGACCAAGAUUGACGAUUGUUUGUAAGAGCCAACACCACAUUAUAAAUAUAUUCAAGAAAGCUGUCCCGAUACGAGUAUCAAUAGGAGUUGAAGCAAGUUGAAGCAAAGAGAUUCUCGAUUGUUCUACGAUAGAGAAGAAAAGGAAAAUAGUCUUUGAAAAGAUAUUUGUCUAAUCAAGUGAUUAAGAAAAUAGAGCUAAAAAAUAUGCAGGGAUUACGUUGCGUUGGUAUUAUAGAUAUUGUUGUUAUUGGGAUAUUCUGUACCAGAAUCGCGGGAGCAACAGGUCAAGACAUGAUAACAUCGACGACAAAUCCUGCGUCAUUGGACAUCAAGACCACUGAGACAUUCAAUGAAUUUAAACUAAAAGCUGAAAGUAAUAAUUGCAAAUGCUUUAAUUAUGAUUGUGGAUGCUGUCAGCAUCUAAAAUGGGACGAAAUCUCUAUGGAUGGCAUAUUAUGCGCAAAUGCAAGUUAUCUCGUGAAUGAUUAUGGAAUUUCACUUACAUUAACAUUUAAUGAUUUCACAAUUAUUAAUGAAACAGUUUCAGCACGAAAUCCACCACCUAUUUGCUUUGGGGAGGACAUUGUAGAUGCAUUGGACAUUGAAAUUUGCUUACAUAUUUAUGAUAUACACAUACCGAUUAAAAACGAUAAGUUUCGCGCGUGUUUCGAGAUUUUGGGAAAAAUAAUGAAACUCAAAAUUACUAAAAUACAUUUAGGUUGUGUCCAGACUGAACUAAGUAAGAAGACUGAAUAUGUAAAAAACGAGGUUAAAAACAAUCUGUUACCGUUCUUUCGCAAAAUAACAAAAAUAAAUACACCUAGUGUAAUUAUGGUAUAAUGUAUUCAGUACAAAGAAUCUCUAUACGAAGUAUUGUAAGUUUUUCAUAUUUAUAAACUACAUUUUUUUCAGAAUAUGUCAAUGCAAAGUACAUCUAAGAUGCUUCUUUUAUUUUCGCUUUUAUACUUGCAUGGUAAUUUAAACUUUAUAUAAUAUAACGUUUUUUUAUAUUUGUUUAUGCAAAGUAAUACUGUAAUAUUUUAUGUUCUUUAUAUUUUGUUACAAACAUUACAUUUUAUUUCUGUGCUCUUGUAGAUCUGUACCUAUUAUUAAUUAAAUGACUGAUUACACAUUACAAA